GUUCAGUGACUUGAUCCUGGUAGUUUAAAUACCCAGAAGGAGGAACAAGAUAGAGAGGAAGAUGGCCACGAUGAACGUGGCAGUGAAUGUACCUGCCUAUGCAAGGCAGCCAAACCGCCAUGAGGUGCUGGCCUGGCUCAACUCGACUUUACAGGCAGGCUUCGCCGGGUUGGAUCAUGUAUACACAGGCGCCGCCUUUUGCCAGCUCAUCGACUGCCUGUUUCCUGAAACCCUGGACCUCUCAAGCGUCCGAUUCGAAAGCAAUGAAAAGGUGGACUCUCUCCACAACUACAGUUUACUGCAAACUGCAUUCAGAAAAGUUGCAGUAUUACGAUACAUCCCUGUUGAACCGCUGAUGGCAAGGAACGUAUCGGUCACUCUGCAAUUCCUGAACUGGUUUUACCUUUUCUUUAAGAAGAACAUGAGUGAGACCAGGGAGUACAAUGCCUUUGAGGCCAGAGGUGGAAAGAAUAUUGUUCCUCCUCGCACAGAGAGUGAGGAGGAGAACGAGGUCAGAAGAGUGGCAAAAGAAAAAAAAAGAAAUUUGAAAUCUGAGGCGGAUGCGAAAGCGGGGCAGGAGACAAAGGAAAGGAACAAAAUCAAGAAACAAAAGGAGGAGCAAGCCGAUGAAGAAAGUCAUGAAACCUUUUUGCUCUUCAUCAAAAGAUACUGCAGUGACACGAGUGCAGACCCUUCUGUUUCUGCCUUCUUAAGUCCGACCCACUGCGCGGACGUCAUUAAAGCCUGCUACUCCCUGCCAUACUGCCUCUACCUGUAUAUGGACGUGGAGCUGGGCUUAGAAAAGAACACAAGUGUCCUCCUGGUGGGAUAUUUCGACCAAAACUCAGGUGUCAGUGUGGUAAAGCCGCUGCUCACGCUGCAGCUGAGCGGCUGCUAUGCUGACCCUCAGUACUCAGAGGACGCAGGCAUACACACUGUGCACACACACGCUGAAACUGAUGCAAGCCUUCUAAUCAAAGAGCUGAAGAGGAAUGAUCUUUGGCUGCCCAACGCCGCUGUGUUUUACUGUAACGCUCCGAACCUGAGGGUGAGCAACGUGUUUCUAUCACACCUCCAGCCUUUCAACCAAAAUAUCAUAUCGCUCUGCGGCCUCCCCGGGAUGACGUCACGCGCCUGCCAGGCCGGACUCUUGUCUUCCUUUAGUUGCGUGGUUGACCUCAUUAGAGACAUCCACUACCACUACUACACCUGCCCCUCCGUCAGUGACAGUGUGAAAGGCCUAUUUGCUGAUGAGAAGUACUACAACCCCUCCCUUCCCAUCGCUGCACAGUGUCUGUUCAUCAUCCACGCUUGUCAGAAGAUGGCCGACUGCUGGAGGCUUUUAGUGGAGUAUUUUAAGUCAUUGAAUCAAGUAGAGGACUCCAACCGUAUCAGAGCCCAGCUGUUGGAUUAUAAAAUCCGCCUGCGCAUCAUUUUCCUCGCCCAAAAUUUGGAGCCCAUCCGAGCCCUUCAAGAGUUGCAGGCCUCCAGCAACGCAUGCGUGACCGUGGAGCUCCAGCUGACCUCCAUGGCGAUGCACUCGUUUGCGUCCAGUCUGCUCCGGCCCUCCGCCAUAGAGAAUUUUCUCAACAAGCGAAACGUGAGUCACCUCCAAACCAGCUCGGACCUGCUCCUUGUCAAAGACGUGCGCGUUGGUUCUAGUGCCAGAGACUUUCUGUGGGCCAGCGCUGUCGUGGAUCUGGGGGAAGCGGACAGGAAGGUAUUCCGGAGCGAUGCGAAAGCUUUCUAUAAAGCAGUACUGGAGAGUUUUGCGGAGAGUCUUCCUGAGGAUCUGGGGGAUGUGGCACUGAAGAAUAUGGGCAGGGUGCUGGGACAUUCUGAGGAUAUCAACGGAAAUAAAUUGACCGCAGGAGAGCUCACAGAGUUGGCGGAUCAGCUGGGUCUGUUCAAAGCUGGGGUUAGCGGAAAGAAAAUUCUGGUCAGCAGCUACUUCCAUUUCCUCAAGACCACAAAGAAGGAACAAAGUGUCAGCUGGAAAAAGAUAUUGUACAUGAACAGACAUUUCACGAGUCUGCGUAGACUCUUCCAGUCGAUCCUGGCCCUGCCGAGCUCUCUUCACAGGACACAGGUGUUUGCUAAGAUGUGCAACAAGGCUCUUCCUCAAAGCAAGGAACCCCCCAUAUCCUUAUCUGAAUUGUACGAAAGGCUAGAAAUACCCAACACAUUGAGGAAGCAUCGGAAGAAACCUGUCCAGUCAAAAAAUGACAACAAGAGGAAAGAGGAGUCUUCCUCAGAUGAUGGUGACGGUGCUGUGGCCAAACCACGGUUACAGCUUCCCUCCAAACGCCCCAUCACUAAGGAGGACUCGGAAAAAACAGACAAUUCUUCAGAUGUGGUGGAUGUCACUGAAGAGUCCAAAAUGAGGCCCAGAAACAUGAAGCCAGGAAGUGAAAGUAGUCCAAAGGCAAAGUAUUCAUGCGUUGAGGACAGUAAAAACGAUGAUGAAGACAGCGACUGCAUGAUUUUAACAAGAACACCACCCAAGACUGCAGACUUAACGGAUGUGAUGGGGGAGCUGGUCUGGGGUCUGGUGGAGGGCUUUGCUUCCUGGCCAGCCGUCAUUGUCCCGUCUAAGGAAGAGAAGCAAGAUCCAGAGUGGAGGAUGGUGUCGUGGUACGGACAGAACAUGUCCUCUACGAUGAAGUUUCAGGCUCUGAAACCGUUCGCUUCCUUCGCCCAGCACUUCUCCUCCAACUCCUUCGCCAUCCUCGACACCUACCGAGAAUCCAUCUUCUUGUCUUUGAAGGAGGCAGCCCUGCGUUGUAAGAAGCCGUUUGCUGCGUCUGAUGAGGACCGCGACGAGCUGCUGAAGCAGAUGUUGGACUGGGCCCUCGGAGGGUUUCUGCCCUCGGGACCGGGCGGACUCAAAGCAACGGCAGCCUCAAAUGGUGUAACUAAAACAAACAACAGGCCAAAAGUGACGGCGAAACUCUUCUCGAAGGUCAUCUCCUCUCACACGGCCAUCAGCUCCUCACCCCCGAUAAGCAACAAGAGCAACAUCCUCAGCACUCUGACGAAAGAACUGUCAAUCUGCUUAAACAGACUGCCGCUGGAGAAGUACUCAGUGUACAGACCUGCAAAUGGAAAAACAUUGGAAGAAGGAUUUGAGUUUGCAGGAAAAUCCAACAAUGGAGUUGCGAAAGAGAAGGUGUCCAGAGGAGGAUGGGAUGACUGGAGAGGAAUAUUGGAAAAGGAGAGAGGGAGCAGUAAGGGAGGGAGUAAAGGAGGGAAGGUGCAGAAGAAGAAAUUCAGUCCCUCUGAUGAUCUUGUUGACGAUGAUGUGUCACCGGAUUAUGUGCCCCACAAGACGAGGGACUACGCCAAAACAUACAAUAAAGUCAACCAUCCUUCCAGCACAUACACACAGCCGAACCAGAAACACAGAGAGAGGGCCAUCCGUAAGAUCAUGGACUUAAAGCUGGAAAUUGAGGGCUUUUGUUUGUGCUGUGGUACUGAAGACGUGGAGAUAUUUCACCCUCUUUUUAAAGGCAGCCUCUGUGUGAAGUGUAAAAAUAACUUAACAGAAACUCUGUAUCGGUACGAUGAAGAUGGAUAUCAGUCCUACUGCACCAUCUGCUGCUACGGAAUGGAGGUCAUAAUGUGUGGCAACGACAGCUGCUGCAGAUCCUAUUGCACGGACUGUAUGGACAUCCUGGUUAGUGCGGGGACGUUUGAUUCGUUGAAGGAGCUGGAUCCGUGGAUCUGCUUCCUGUGUCAGCCUCACCGACCGCACGGUGCUCUGAUUCCCAGAGAGGACUGGAGCAUCCGUGUUCAGGAGUUAUUCGCCAACAACAGUGCCAUGGAGUUUGAGCCUCACCGUGUUUACCCGUCCAUCCCUGCAAACCUGAGGAGACCGAUCAAAGUUCUGUCCCUGUUUGAUGGCAUAGCAACAGGCUACCUGGUGCUGAAGGAUCUCGGCUUCAAAGUAGACGAAUGUUAUGCUUCAGAGAUUUGUGAGGAUUCGAUUGCAGUGACGACCGUCAACCACAACGGGAAGAUCAUCCACGUUGGAGACGCCCGCUUCAUCACCCAGAAACACCUGGAGCAGUGGGGUCCGUUUGAUAUGCUGAUCGGUGGCAGCCCCUGUAACGACCUCUCCAUCGUCAACCAUUUAAGAAAAGGCCUCUAUGAGGGCAGUGGCAGGCUGUUCUUUGAGUACUACCGCAUCCUCCAGCUGCUGAAGCCCAAGGAGGAAGACCCCAGGCCGUUCUUCUGGCUCUUUGAGAAUGUCGUCUUCAUGAACACACAUGACAAAGUCAACAUCUGCCGCUUCCUCGAGUGCAACCCGGUGCUGAUGGAUGCAGUCAAAGUUAGCCCUGCUCACAGAGCACGAUACUUCUGGGGAAACAUCCCGGGGAUGAGCAGGCCCAUCAUAGCGUCCCAGAACGACAAGCUGAUUCUGCAGGACUGUUUAGAGAUCGGAAGAGAAGCCAGGGUCACCAAGGUGAGGACGAUCACUACCAAUUCAAACUCUCUAAGGCAGGGCAAAGGACCGUCGUCUCUGCUGCCCGUCCUCUACAACGGCAGGGAGGACGGCCUCUGGAUCACUGAACUGGAAAAGAUCUUUGGUUUCCCCAAACAUUACACGGACGUGAGGAACAUGACCCGGCAGCAGAGGCAGAAGGUGUUGGGGAAGUCGUGGAGCGUGCCCGUCAUCCGCCACCUCUUCGCUCCCCUCAAGGAAUAUUUUGCCUGUGAGAAGCUGCCUCCUCUGACCAUGUCCUCCAUCUCCUCCAUCUCCUCCACAUCCUCCACCUCCCCAUCCUCCCCUGAGUCUCCAGAGAUGAUGCAACUCAGAUAGUUAGUUAUGUUUGUGUGGAGGAUUUCCGCCACUAGGUGCUUUACAAGAAAUGGUUGAGCUGAAAUGAACUAUGCAGUCUUCUACUAAUUUCAAUUUCAGACAGGCUUUUGUGGAUCACUGCCACAAAAAGCUAUUUGUUUCCUUUGCAAUUGAGAAACACAGAUUUUGUGCACAGCUAGCAGUCACUCUGUCCUCCAAAGACACAAAAGAGGGAUGUUUGUGAUCCCUUCAGCUCUGUGCUUUAGUUGGUUAUUAUUUCCCCUGAACUCCUCCACAGGAGUUUAAAGACACUCUCAAUCCUUCCUUAUUCCCUAAAAUGCUCAGUGAUUGUUAACACUGCUACCGACCAGCAACACAUCUCAGCUUGGAAUGGUAAAAGAAGCCGAGACCGGCCUCUGGUUAGUUUCGUGCAAAAGAGUUUUGCAGGAGGAAAGAAAGUCAAUCAAUGACAUACAGGUGCUGAUUAUGUAAUCCAAAUGUGGCAUAAACCCUUGAGACUUUUAAGCAUUUUCAAGUAGAUAACAAAUGAUGUUCACAUGUUUAAAAAGGAAGAUAUUUUUGGUCUGUGAAUAUUCAAUUAUUUUUGUGUGUAUCAUGUUAUACUGAGAGCUGCCUCCUUUCUUUACUGUUAUAUAUAUCAUGUUGGUUGUUUACAGGAGAAAAACUUGCAAUAUAUUUUCAUUAGAUCAACAUCUACUGUAGUUUCAUAUAGUUUAUAUUCUGCAGCAAGCUUGGUCGUUAUACCAAAAUUAACCAAAUUGUCGGUAUCGAUGAGAAGAAACCAGGUUUUUGUGGCUUAUUUUCCACAGUAUAGACACGGAUCCUGUUUUUAAUGAAUUUCCAUAAUGUUUUCAUCCCUUUUGUUCUCUCUUUUACUGUUUUAGGGAAGUGGAAAGUAAUUAAUUGUAACGUUUACAUGUGUUUUUUAAAGGUUGCAUUGAUUUUCAGUAUUAUGUUUUACUUUAGAGAAACAAAAUGUUAUUUUUAAUGAGCCACAAAACUCAUCACAUAUUUGAUCCUUCAGUGUUAAUGGGGAGACGAUCCGAGUCCAAAAGGAUCUAUUUUUUUCAACCAGCUGCUUAUUUGUUAUUAAAUAGAGUUUCUUAUUCUUCAGGAGCACAGGAAGCAAAACAUUCAUUACCAGAUUUUUGUUUUGUUUCAACAGAACAUAAGUUGUAUUCGACAAUAGUGUUUACUGCAUUGAAUCGACUAAUUGUCACAAAAUGUUUAUAUUUACUGCUUUUUUUUUUCUGACAAAGUGUUUGUGAGGAUGCUGCACCACUGAGGCAUGUGGCCUUAUUGACCGAUGAUUGUAAAGAAAACUACUAGUCUUUUUCUGACUGAAGACUGGAUCAUAGGAGAAUGUUUUUGAAAAGUGUUUUUUAUUUGAAUGAAAGUGGGCUGUACUCUAUUUUUGCACAGAACACCAGAGGGCUGCAUUGAGAGGUACACAGGGUUACAUGUUCAUGUUUAAAUGUGGGUAGAGUACACUACCAGAUAUUUUUAUUGUUAAGGGAAAUAAUGUAUAUUUUGCAAAGUCAUUGUUUGAAAAUAAGGAUUCAUUUUACUUGGGACUUGACAAGACAAAUAAAAGAAAAAAAUUGCAAAAUGA